GAUGCUAACAGCGCUGCAUUCGCCCAGAGCCUGCCCAGGAGCUGUCAACGUCGAAAAUAAUCCUCUAACAGAUCCAAAAUAUUUAUGACGUUCACAUAAAAAAUGCGACUCGACAAUCUAAUCUGCUAAAUUGCCAUUUUGGUUUCGUCUCAACGUCUUUGUCAAAUUAAAACGUUUCGAAUGAGAGGAUUUCAACUGUUGUGUGAAAAUUCAGAAAUUGCAUUUGGGAGUUUGAUUUGAUGGGAUGUUUAUAAAAAGAUUAGUACAGCAGGUAAAACAGCAAGGCCCUUGCAGCCCAAAAUUUAAAGACUUUCGUUACACGGGUAGUUACAUUUAUAAGCCUGUUUCUUCUCAGUCAACUUCCUGGAUCCAAAGAGUGGUAUAUCGCAUUAGGAAUUUCAGAUCAGUCAAAUACAGAAGAUUCACAAGAUUUUUUGAUUUGGCUCUGAUUUGGCUUCUGAACAAGCUAAAUAUCAAAGAGCAACUAGAGUUUAAAAAUUUUAAACUUUUCGACAUAAUUGAAAAUAUUGUACUUUAUGGAAUGCAGUCUGGUUAUGCCAUUGAUGGCACGGUUCCUGUAUUUGCGUUUCCGCCGGAGGUGAACUUCUACUUAGGAGAUGUAAAGACACACAAGCAAAUAAUUACAUUUUAUAAUCCUUACAACACAACCAUCAAGUUCAGGGUCUUAUGCACGGCUCCGGACAAAUAUCAAGUCGGCCAUGCCCAAGGCUACCUUAAAUCAUGCUGCCAGACAGACAUAGUCAUUCGUCACAUCGCCCUCCAAGUCGGCAACUGCAAUGUCACCGACAAAAUUAGAAUCCAGAUUUACAACGAAAAGGCGGAAAAGGUCAUUGGAAAAAAAGACAUUAGAGUCACACUCCAUAAUGGGGUGCCCGAACCAACGAAAGAUAAUAUUUUCCCGUUGAAGCCUGAUGACCGGAUGACAAAUGACUGGGAGUCCAGUGCCAGCCAAAUUGAAGCUCUCUCUAAAGAUACUCAUUAUAGGAACAGCACAUACAGCCCUAUCGUCCUUUUUAUUGGACUUAUAUCAUUUAUAGCUCUAUUUUUACCAAUAGAAGGAGAUGAAAGUGUGGUACCUUUUAAGAUCACAUUUAACUUAAAAUUGGUGUUCUCUUAUAUACUAGGGUUAGUUACGAUGGUAAUAUUUCGAUCUUGAAGAAUAAGGAAAGGAG